GUCUUCCCCUUCUUCCCCUGUCCCUAUGUGAGCGCCAGCCACUCUUGCUCCUGGCUGUGGUGCUGUAUCCGUGUCAUCACUCAGGAUGGACUCCCCACCACUCUACCUGCCUCUGCUAAUGCUGACCAGCCUGCUCAGCCUCUGGCAAGGGGCAGAAGCUCGGUCAUUAUUCACCAUAGACAGUGUGACGCUCAAACUGAACCCCAGUGGUGAGGUAGACAGUGGGACAUUCGUGGACCUGAACUGUGAGGUCAGCAUCAGCCAUGACCAGUCCCACCCCCUGACACACAGCUUCAACUUCCUGCGAGACGAUGUCCUGGUCUACUCCAAAAACACCACCGAACCUGCGGUCCUUCACCAGCUCACCCCGGCCAGGGCUGCCAACUCUGGCGCUUACGAGUGCCGGGUCAUAGUUCAGGACAAGAGCAAAGGCAGCAGGACCCAGAGACUCACCGUCAAAGGCUUACAGACGCCUGUGCUGCAGGUGACCUCCCAGAUCCUGUUUGAGGGGGAUGAGCUGGCAGCUACCUGCACAGCCUCAGAGGAGUCUGGCUCCCUGCUCUUCCACUUCUACCAGGACCAGGAGAAGAUCAAGCAGGUGAUGGCCGGUGGGAACUCAGUGGAGACCAGGCUGGAGCUGAAGCAUGCUGGGGACAAACACCUGCGCUGUUACUUUGAAAUCAUCAUGCUGCCCGACGCUGGGAGGUCCAACAACAGCAACACUGUCAAGGUCAUGGUCAAAGAACUGUUCAUCACACCCAUCAUGAACAUUCUUCCUGGUAAAGAUGUGAUUGAGGGUGACAUUGUCGAGUUUGUCUGUCAAGUGGUGAACCCCCCACCCAAUGUGGCGGUCUUCCUGACCAAGGACAAGAGGGUGCUUAAGACAGCCUCCAUUAGUCUCAGUCAUAAGCUCAGAGUGCUGGCAGAGGACUCUGGGGAGUAUGUGUGCAAGGCGGACAGAGGCAACGUGCAGAAAGAAGCCUAUGAAAGCAUCAAAGUCAAAGAGUUGUUUUCCAAGCCAGUCCUGGUGAUGGAGCCCAGAGAUGUGUUUGAGGGAGAGCUCUUCACACUGAACUGCUAUACUGACCGCAAUUCCCCUGAAAUAAUCAACAUUUGGGACAUGAAGUACUCCCUGUACAGGAACCAGGUCCUACUGACAUCAGGAGGGAACUACAGUGCCACAGCACACCCCUCACUUAAUGGAAAUUACUCCUGCCAGGCCCAAGCCCAAGAUAUCUUAAAAAACAGCACACAGAUUGUCCUCAAGGCAAAAGUGCCUGUGUCAGUCCCUCUUCUGAGCGUGGUAGGGGGCAGGUUGAUCCUGGGCAAGCCCUUCCAGCUCCAGUGUCAGAGUGACAACGGUAGUCUGCCCAUCACCUACACCCUGCUGAGCCCCCACAGACGGGCUGAGUUCAGGGUGGUCCGCAGUCCCAAGGAUCUGGCCCUCUUCAACAUCACCUCCAUCCACAGGAGCACUGACAUCCACAGCUUCUCCUGCAAGGCCGAGAACAACCCCAGUCAGCCCCACAGGGAGAGCUCAGGAGAGCACCUCCGACGCACUGCCACCAUCAUAGAGCCAGUCUCCAGGCCAGUACUGACCGUGACACCCAAUAUGGGGAACGUAGCUGAGGGGGAGGACCUGACCCUAACCUGCACUGUCCAGCGGGGCACGCCCCCCAUCACCUACACAUGGUAUCACACAACGAGUGCCCUGCCCCUGCUGUCCAAGACCACCAAUGACAUGCGAGGAUCCCACUCGGUUCAAGGUGUCAGUCGAGAGCAUGGAGGCAGAUACUACUGCGUCACCAACAACCCAUCCAACGACAGCAAGAGCAGUGCCAUGGUCACUGUUGGAGUGAAGUUGGCUGGCUGGAAGAAGGGGCUGAUCGCAGCGUUCUGCAUCCUGCUCACAGUGUCUCUCAUCAUCAUCAUCAUCAUCGUUAAGAAAGGACUUCUUCCAUUCAGAAGAAAGAGAACAGUGGAACUGUCAGUGAAGCCAGCAAGCACUAAAACAGACGAGACUCUGAGACUAACCCAUGGAGAAGUCAAUGUCACUCCUGGGGUCAUGGGAAGGAGCGUCUGGAGUGAUCAUGUCUCAGGCUCAGAGUCUGACGACCAGACCAGCGAGGGAACUUCUGAGGUACCUGAGCCACAAUACACUGAGGUCCAUCCCCAGGAGGUAGACCCCACCAGAGCUCCCGUGAAGAAAGGCACAGACAUGGUGUACAGCGAAGUGCGGAACUCGAUGCAAGGCUCAGUUGAGUAUGCCCAGCUAAACCACAAUGACCAUGAGUCAGAAGAACCAGACCAAGAACACGAGCCUGAACCAGAGCCAGAACCAGAACCAGAACAAGGAUCAGAGCAAGACAGACAACUUGAAUGACCACCAUCAAUAUUUAUUCUCUAACUUAUUCAGCCCAUAAAACAACUGGAGCUGUUAUUGCAUUAAAUGCAUUUGUAUAUUUUCUAUAUUUUUACACCUCUUCUUCUUAACCUUUUGUACAGUCUUUAAAUGCCUGUAAUUAUGCCUUGGUGAAUUGAGAAUAAAACAAUGCAGCAGAA